GCAGUCAUAGCUUGCAACAAAAGACACAGGCCUGAAAGCAACUCAGUAGAUGUUGUUGUGUCCGAGAUUCCCAUGGAAGAUUUGGAAAAAUCUCCAGCUCCAAUCCUUCCGUAUAAUCAUAUUCCUCAUCGUCCGAUACGUGCUGAAGCUUGUUCUACAGAUUUGCCUGACUACUUUAUUGCGAUUUCAAAUGUUCCGAACGUUUCUUCACGCUUAGGACAGCGAGGAUUUUGGACUGAAGACAUUGAUAACUCGGAUGAUGAAAAUGACCCGCCACCAUGUUAUGAGCAAGCUCUUAGAAUG